AUGCCUACGUGAUCUAUCAAGCCAAUAGUCCAGACACUAAGAAAACACCACGACGCAUGUUCCUGAUGCAGCUGGGUGAAGACCUUACCAAAGAACACAUGAAAAGGAGGCUUGAAAUAACAAAUUUACCACGCAAUCUAAGGCAGCAGAUUUUAGAGGUGUUGGAUGUAGCAGAAACGGAUAUUGUAGACCAGGUACCACUUAGUCUGAAAACCAGAGGAAACAAACGCUGCUCCGUAUGUCCAAGAACUCUAGACAGAAAAGGUAGAGAUACCUGUAUAACAUGCAAGCGUAACUUGUGCGCCGAACACAGGCAGGCUAUUUGUGCAUUUUGUAUUUAAAAAUGUUGUAUUCCUUUUUCUUCUCUAAUUAAAGUUAAUUAAAAUAUUUCUGGCAUUGUUUUCAAUGAAAAGAUAUCAUCAAUAACAGUAUUUCUGCUUGGGGUCAUACGCGACCCCAUGUUGUCAUUCGUGUAUGAAUAUUCUCA